AUGGCACCGAAGAACUCUCCGAUUCUCUGGACGCUAAAGCGCUGCGUGAUGCUGCUCGCCGGUGCCAUACUGCUUAUUCUUGGCUCGAUCACAUCCUCCGAUGCCAUUUCGCUCGAGAUGCACCUACGCGACGAUCCGGAUCUAUCCGAGUUUUACUCCUUAAUCGAACGAGACAGAGCAGCCCUGGAGUGGGUAAAGGAUAGCGCGGCUACCGUUUUUGCCCCGACCAAUCAGGCCUUCCAGCGAUUCGCGCACAACAAGACGCAACUGCUCUAUCACUUCGUUAAUUCGGCGUACAAACUGGACCGACUUGGGGAUGUUCUGAUAAGCAAUUACGAAGGUAACCCACAGUUGUACAUCACACGUGUUCGCCAGCCGCGUUAUGGAGAUGGAAGCUACGCUCGAGAUCUGCUGUACGUCAACAAUGCAAAGAUCUUGCGCGAGCGCUCCGAUAUGCAGUUUCGGAACGGUUUUGGCAAUGAUCAGAUUCUGCACGUUAUCGACGAUGUAUUAGUACCGGUUAGUGUGACGCCCGGAUUGAACAAAUCGUAUGGAUCCAAUCCUGACGCUUGGGAGUUCUUGGAGAACGUCGAGGCAAUGAAUAUCGAGCCGCAUCGUGUUCGAUCCUUCCGGAAGAUCAUACGCUUAGAUAUACAGCAAAACUAUCGCAAGUCCGGCCGAAAUACGUUUCUAAUUCCUGUGGAGAGCGCGUUCAAGAGUCAACCACACAACCUCGUGAACAUGAUCGACUCGAAGGUGAUCGAUGGGCACAUCAUUCCGAAUAAGACUAUCUUCAUCGCACCUGCUCCGUACGGUCUGCCACAGCCGACGAUGGCGUUCGAGGAUGCGCUGCGGAUCACGGUGACCUUCCUCCGCUACGGCGAGGCAAAGGAGGCACGGGUGUACGUCGUGUCCAACACCAUGUAUGGUAACUCGCGCCAUACUUCGGGUGCGGUCAUAGCAGAGGUCGUCAAGGCCAAUAUCCCGGUUCGAAACGGUGUCGUUCAUCUGAUCCAACGCCCGCUGGUCGUCGUCAAUAUGAAGGGCGUGCCGAUGCUGACGGAAAACAACUACUUCCUUUGGUCAAAGUUUCGCGAUCUGAUCGAAGACUACGCACCAGAGUUCGUGGAGCACAUAAGGGAUAUGUCACAGAAGACGAUCUUCGUGCCGCACAACGAUGCUAUCGCAGAGAUGAUGCAAACCAAUUUUAUGAGCAAUCGACAGAAGCUUCGUGAGGCGCUCUUGAUGCAUGUUGUACCAGAUGCACUUACCAUCGAAAUUAUUCGUCGCAACAACCAGAAUCAUAUCUUCCAGAUACCGACACUCUCCACGCGCAAGUUCAUCUAUUGUAACGUUUUCGAAAACCGAACCAGCCGCACCCGAUCGAUUACAAUCGAGGGUGGUGGCGUGAAUGCUACCGUUGUGCUGGGUGACAUCGCGACCAUGGACGGUUACAUACACAUCAUCGAUCGCAUGCUGGGCGUACCGUACAUGACAGUGCAGAAGAAGCUACAAACCGAUCCAAUGCUGAACUUAACAUAUCACUUUGGAAUACUGAAUCGCUUCAACGAGCAGCUCAACAAGACGACCAAACGGUUCACGUAUUUUGUGCCGCGUGACAAAGCUUGGAUACAGUGGUUCCACGACCAUCCGGCUGCUAACUUGGAAGAUUUCGUGCGCAACUACGAUCGGACACGUGAAGUUCUUCAACGCCACUUGGUCGUGGCCGAUCGCGUCUUCACCAUUGGUGAACUGCGCAAUAUGUCCUACGAGUCGCUAACCCUGCCUACAUUAGGUCGGGAUCGUUUGCAGAUCAAGGUGAAAGAGGAAGAUCGCCGGUACUACAUCCAGUGGAAGGAGACGGGACGGUGGGCGACCGUUUUUCGUGCUGAUGUGGAUUGCACCAACGGGUUGAUCCAUGUCAUCGAUGAUCCUUUCGUGCUGGAGGAAGAAGUCAUCGUACCAGGUGGUACGAACGCUGCAAUGAUGCGGUGGAAACAGACUGUUGAGGUGACCGUCUUUAUGACUGCAAUCAACCUCUUCCUUGCCGUGUCGGUGUUUUUGAUGAACUAGUGUGGAAAAACUUUUCAAAGGCACACCAAUGCAUUUUACCGCGCGACAAAGCCGUGCCGCCCUUGUGUCGAUGAAUGUUGAAUAUGUUUUGGUUUUACUUACCUUAGUUCCCGCAUUACCGGAGAAUUAGAUUCUUGAAGAUACAACUUUCCAGGUUAAUUUAGUUUAUUUGUGAUUACAUUUAUGAAUCUCGCAAAUUUUCCUUUGCGCACCGAAUGUUUCUCCGUCGCUUAUACGUAGCUGAACGGCGAGAACUGCACAUGUUACUACAUGACAAACCGCACGUGCAUUAAAUGAUGUAUGUUGCGAAGUUUAAUUUCAAGUGUCAUGUCAUACAGAGUUUGAUGUAAGGCAUAUUUUACAUUAUUCCUCUUUUUUCAUGAAAUGAUUUACGCGCUUUAUAUGUUGCUAAAAAUCCCUUCCGCAGGCAUCGUGUCCUAUCGACUUUUUUCCUCUACUCUUUCCUUUUUUAAAGUGUUUGUGUGCCUUAAAAUACAUAAUUAAUGUACAAGUCCGACAGAGGUCCUUCCCUGCAGAUGAACGGUUCAUGCCCGAUAGUGCCUAGAACUAACAAAUGUCUUCAGUUUGGGAGAAAAAGAUUAGUAGUCGUCAACUAAAAAACCCCCUCCCUCUCUGCUCUCACUUCGUAUCCUUUGUUAGCCAUUCAUCUAGAGCCGCUCUCCCUUUCCCCUUGGGAACAUGUGGCCCAACGCUACGGUUAUUCCACCCAAUGCGGCGCGCGUUAAAAAAAAUUUAAGGGGAGGGACGGGGAGACCCCUGAUCUAGAGCAUCGAACGUAAGGUAACCGUAUGAAGCAAAACGGACAUAACAUUGAAAAAAACUAGCAAACACGUGCCUGAAAUUGGAAGACAAAUUUUGUGUGCCCUUAUUUGAAUGUGAAUGGUAUAUUAAGAAGGUUUCAGAGUAUUUACAUCAUGUUUAAGCUUAUGCAUCGUACACUUACUCCUGACGUGUGCGCAAACGUAAUAAAUUAGUGUGUACCUCGUAAAAAGGUAGAACAGGGCAAUGCAAAAAAUGAAACCAAAAACCUAGACGUUUUGUUGAAGACUACCGUUUGAACUUGGUGGGAAACUAUCAAAUUUUCAUAACUCUCUUUUUCUCUAGUGUAUUGUGUUAGUUUAAGCCAGGUAGGAAAGAAGAAUUAAUA